AUGGAUUAUCAAUCUGUUGUCAUCAAGACCCGUCGACGAUCGUCAAAACAUUCUGGAGAGUCUAGAUAUUGGAGACAGUUCAAGCACCCUGUUUUUGUAAAGGAGUACGCGCCCAUAACGUCUGUUCACUUUGCACCAUCGAAGCCGCAUAGGUACGCUACAACCGCUGCAACCCGGGUCCAGAUUUAUGCCCCACGCACUCAAAAGCUCACUAAAACCAUCUCGCGGUUCAAAGACGUCGCCCGUAGUGGUUGUAUCCGAGACGAUGGGAAGCUUGUGGUGGCAGGAGACGACAGUGGUUUGAUACAAGUUUUUGACAUCAAUUCGCGGGCCAUUCUGCGUACAUUGGACAGUCACAAGCAACCAGUGCACAUCACAAAGUUUUCUUCCCUGUCACCAACACAAAUUCUCUCCUGCUCUGACGAUACUACUGUUAAGCUCUGGGACGUCCCUUCUCAAACGGCGAUUUUGACAUUCAUAGACCACACGGAUUAUGUUCGUGCUGGUCAAGUUUCCACGGUCAAUCCGAACGUCAUCUUGACUGGCUCGUAUGACUCUACAAUGCGGCUUUUUGACGCUCGAUCUGGGCAGUGCGAGAUGCUAAUGGGAGGGCGCAGUCGUGCAGAUAAUUUCCCUAUCGAGCAGGUUCUGAUGUUCCCUUCCGGUACUGCAGCUAUAUCAGCUGCUGGUCCAAUUCUUCGUGUAUGGGACAUCAUUGCGGGUGGACGGUGCACUCGGGCGUUGUCCAAUCAUCAGAAAACUGUGACGACAUUAUCUUUGAAUGCUCAAGGCAAUCAGCUAUUAACUGGCAGUCUCGAUCAUAUGGUCAAGGUGUACGAUGUUGGCACCUAUAAAGUUGUACAUACAAUGCGUUACCCUGCACCUAUUCUUUGUCUUGCUGUGUCGCCGGAUGACACCCACAUCGUUGCAGGAAUGUCCGAUGGCACACUCUCUGUUCGACGACGCCAGGCGAAGUCUGAAGAGACUUCCCAGACUCAAACUACCAUAUCUACGUUGGCCACCAACGUUAAUUUCACCUCUUUGCCCUCGAAGCACCAAAUUAAAGCAUCAACUGAUGCAGGCGAAAUCCGGAUAAAAUCCCAGACUUCCAAAAAGUUGAAAGAGUACGACAGAUUGCUGAAAAGUUUCAAGUAUUCAGCUGCACUGGAUUGUGUGCUGAAAAAGAAUAUACCACCUCGAACCACAUUUGCCCUGAUGGAAGAAUUAAUACACAGGGAUGGCCUGAAGAUAGCUUUGGCAGGGCGUGAUGACGUUCUUCUAGAACCCGUCCUUCACCUGUUACUAAAAUACGUUGCCGAUCCACGAUUCGGGGAGGUGGUAGCUGACAUCACUUCUAUUGUAUUAGGCCCCCAAGACAUGUAUUCGUCUGUUAUCGGGCAAGCGCCUCUCAUCGACUCUUUAUUUCUCCGCCUCAAGAAGAAGAUGGCUUCUGAGGUUCGUUUCCAGGAGGAAAUUACCAAAACCAAGGGCGUUCUCACGAUGAUCCUAUCGUCGGCGGCCCCUGCAGAUUCGAAGUAA